CUAAGCGUUCUAUGAAACAAAAAAAAGGAUUUAAUCAUCGGAGUGGGAGAGCACUUAAGCUUAGCAGAAAUGGGGACUAAUCAGGGAGAGAAAGAUGAGUAUUAUUUAUGAAUUUGGGAUGAGAUUGAUUGCUGAUAAGAGUUUAUAUUUACAACUCUUCUGAGAUUGAUUACUGAUAAGAGAUUAUAUUUACAACUCUUCUCUGCGAAAACCUAAGCUUAAUUAUUUCAAUAUGUUGUAAUAUUUACCGCCAACUUCAAUUGAAGCACAGAAUUCUUAAGGCUCAGAAUCUCCCUGGCGUCCUUCCACCGGAGUUGGCCCGGCUACCUUGCCUCCAAGAAAUUGACCUCACUCGCAACUACCUUAAUGGCACAAUUGCUCCAGAAUGGGGCUCGUCAACAUAAACUGACAUUUUAUCUUGUUCCAAUUAGUUCCCUUAUUGGAAACCCGUUAACUGGUUCAAUUCCGAAAGCGCUGGUAAACAUUAGCACUCUCACCAGUUUAACCCUGGAGUUCAAUAAUUUGUCCGGAGAUUUUCCUGCGGAGCUUGGGAGUCUACCGAGAAUCGAAAGAAUACUUCUUAGUUCAAACAAUUUUACUGGGGAAUUGCCAGAAACAUUUGAAUUGACCACAAUGAAGGAUUUUCGAAUUAGUGACAACCAAUUCUCAGGACAGAUUCCCAAUUUCAUUCAGAACUGGACAAAGCUCGAAAAACUAGUUAUUCAGGCAAGUGGUAUGGUUGGUCCAAUUCCUUCCGGCAUUGCCACUUUGGAAAAGUUAACUGAUCUGAGAAUUAGUGACUUGAAUGGAACUGAAGCAACUUUUCCACCACUUAGUAAAAUGAAGAUGAAGAUACUGAUAUUGAGAAGUUGCAACAUCAUUGGUAAACUACCAGAAUAUCUUGGACAAAUGACAACUUUGAAAACCUUAGAUCUCAGCUUUAACAAACUAAGUGGAGUAAUUCCAAACACCUUUAGUGGUCAAGCUGAUGCAGAUUACAUAUAUCUAACUGGAAACUUGCUUACCGGACCAGUGCCUGCUUGGAUGCUGGAAAAAGGAGACAUGAUUGAUCUUUCAUAUAAUAAUUUCACUUAUAAAAGCUCAGAGGCGUCAGGCUGCUGCCAACAUAAAAACGCGAACUUGUUUGCAAGCUCUUCUAAGGCUAGUAACUUCACUGGAAUCGUUCCAUGUCGAAGCUCCCGUUGUCAAAAAACUUGGUAUUCUCUUCAUAUAAAUUGUGGCGUGAAAGAUGUGGUUGCCGAUGCAAAUACUAAAUAUGAAGCUGAUACAGAUCCAGCAGGACCUUCAAGAUUCUUCACGAGUAGAACUAAUUGGGGAUUUAGCAGCACUGGUCACUUCUUGGAUGAUGACACCCCUUCGAAAACCUAUAUUUGGCAAAAUACUAAUACUUCUAGACUCUUAACAAAUGAUUCUGAGCUAUACAUGAGAGCUCGCCUUUCUCCCAUCUCCCUAACAUAUUAUGGGUAUUCUGGAAAUGGAAACUACACGGUCAACCUUCACUUUGCAGAAAUAAUGUUCAAAGAUGACAAUACUUUUAGCAGCUAUGGGAAGCGCAUAUUAGAUGUUUACAUUCAGGGAGUGUAGGUGCUAAAGGAUUUCAAUAUUGAGGAUGAAGCUGGUGCUGUUGGUAAGGCAAUUAUAAAAUGAUUUCCUGUCGCUGUGACCAACAGUACCUUGGACAUUCGCUUUUAUUGGGCUGGGAAAGGAACAAUUGGUAUCCCUUACAGAGGAAUUUAUGGUCCUCUUAUAUCAGCUAUUUCUGUUAGUCCUGAUUUCAUUCCUCCACCAGAAAAUGGCAGCAGCAGUAGUAUAUCAGUUGGCACAGCUGUAGGAUUUGUGGCUGGAGCAGUAGUCGCCCUUAUCCUGGUUGCUGGUAUCCUUUGGUGGAAGGGUUGUCUAAGACCAAAAAGCACAUUGGAACGAGAUCUAAAGGGUCUAGACUUGCAUACUGGUUCCUUUACUUUAAGGCAAAUUAAAGCCACCACAAACGACUUUGAUGUAGCCCACAAGAUUGGAGAAGGUGGUUUUGGUCCUGUUUACAAGGGUGUCUUGGCAGAUGGUACUGUAAUUGCAGUUAAGCAGCUUUCCUCUAAAUCAAAGCAAGGAAACCGAGAGUUUGUAAAUGAGAUAGGCAUGAUUUCUGCUUUGCAACACCCUAAUCUUGUAAAGCUUCAUGGAUGUUGUAUCGAAGGAGAUCAAUUAUUGCUAAUUUACGAGUACCUGGAAAAUAACAGCCUCGCUCGAGCUUUGUUUGGUCCAGAACAGUAUCAGUUGAAGUUGGAUUGGCCAACAACAAGCAUCUGUGUUGGUAUAGCGAGAGGAUUGGCUUAUCUCCAUGAAGAAUCAAGGUUGAAGAUUGUCCACAGAGACAUCAACGCCACUAAUGUUCUUCUUGACAAGGACUUAAACCCUAAGAUAUCUGACUUCGGUUUGGCCAAGCUAGACAAAGAAGAAAACACCGACAUAAGCACACGAGUUGCUGGAACAUUUGGACAUAUGGCACCAGAAUAUGCAAUGCGAGGCUAUUUAACUGAUAAAGCAGAUGUUUAUAGCUUUGGAGUUGUUGCCCUGGAAAUUGUUAGUGGGAAGAGCAACAGUAGUUUCCAGCCAAAGCUUUUUCUUGUCGAUUGGGUUCAUUAUUUAAAAGAAAAUGGAAACUUAAUGGAGCUAGUUGAUUCACGAUUGGGCUCCGAUUUUAACAAAGAAGAAGUAAUGGUGAUGAUCAAUGUGGCUCUCCUAUGCACUGAUGUCUCUCCGACAGUUAGGCCGACAAUGUCUUCAGUUGUAAGCAUGCUAGAAGGCAGGGCUGCUGUUCCAGAGUCGGUUGCAGACUCAACUGUCACAACCGAUGACGCCAAGUUUGAAGCAUUUAGAAACUAUUAUCAGUCCGGCAGAGACCAUACAAAAACCAGUAACCAGAGCCAGAGUAUGUCGAUGGAUGGACCAUCAACAGGUUCUUCAACAUCUGCAGUUGAUCUUUAUCCAGUCAAUCUGGACUCAGGUUACCUAAAUGCUAGAGAUUAGACAUAUGUGCAGAUUUUCUUGUUUGUUGCUUGGUUCACAAGCUAUCUUCACCUCAAACAAGUUUCAUUGUUUACCUUUUUUUUUUUAGUUCCUUUUUUCUACUUAUCAGAACUUGAAAAUGGUUGAAAUCAUGUUUAUAGAAAUCUUAGGAAUAGAUAUAUAUAAUUAUGUAAUUCUAGAAAAUUCCAUGAA